GCAUGAUGGGAGACACUGCGGCGACGCACGCAGCGUGAUGGGCCUUGUGGCGGGGCGUGCUGGGCGCCGGGCUGGAGACGCUCGUUUUGUGAGGAGCCGGGCACGGUGGAUGGCGGGACAGGUGAGUGUGCCCGAGCUGGAGGACCGCCUUCAGUGCCCCAUCUGCCUGGAGGUCUUCAAGGAGCCCAUGAUGCUGCAGUGUGGCCACUCCUACUGCAAGGACUGCCUGGUGUCCCUGUCCCGCCACCUGGACUCAGAGCUCCGCUGCCCGGUGUGCCGACAGGAGGUGGAUAGCAGCAGCCCCCCGCCCAACGUGUCCCUGGCUCGGGUGAUUGAAGCCUUACAGUUCCCUGGGGACCCAGAGCCCAGGGUCUGUGAACACCACCGGAACCCGCUCAGCCUCUUCUGUGAGAGGGACCAGGAGCUCAUCUGUGGCCUCUGUGGCCUGCUGGGCUCCCACCAGCAUCACCGUGUCACACCUGUCUCCACAGUCUACAGCCGCAUGAAGGAGGAGCUGGCGGCUCUCAUCUCCGACCUGAAGCAGGAGCAGAAGAAGGUGGACGAGCAUAUUGCCAAGCUGGGCAACAACCGGACCCGCAUUGUCAAUGAAUCAGACAUCUUCAGCUGGGUGAUUCGUCGCGAGUUCCAGGAGCUGCACCACCUGGUGGAUGAGGAGAAGGCCCGCUGCCUGGAGGGGUUGGAAGGUCAUACCCGCGGCCUCGUGGCCUCCCUGGACAUGCAGCUAGAGCAGGCCCAGGGCACUCAGAAGCGGCUGGUCCAGGCCGAGCGCGUCCUGGAGCAGUUCAGUAACGAGAGUCACCACGAGUUCAUCCGGAAGUAUCACUCCGUGGCCUCCAGCGCAGAGCUCCAGCAGGCCCGGCCUCUGGAGGGCACCUUCAGCCCCAUCUCCUUUAAGCCAGGCCUCCACCAGGCUGACAUCAAGCUGACCGUGUGGAAGAGGCUCUUCCGAAAGGUUCUGCCAGCCCCGGAGUCCCUCAAGCUAGACCCUGCCACCGCCCACCCCCUCCUGGAACUCUCCAAGGGCAACACGGUGGUGCAGUGCGGCCUCCUGGCCCAGCGGCGGGCCAGCCAGCCGGAGCGUUUUGACUACAGUACGUGCGUCCUGGCCAGCCGGGGCUUCUCCUGGGGCCGCCACUACUGGGAGGUCGUGGUGGGCAACAAGAGCGACUGGCGCCUGGGGGUCAUCAAGGGCACGGCCAGUCGCAAGGGCAAGCUGAGCAAGUCCCCGGAGAACGGCGUGUGGCUCAUCGGCCUGAAGGAGGGCCGCGUGUAUGAGGCCUUCAGCUGCCCCCGGGUGCCCCUGCCUGUGGCCGGCCACCCGCACCGCAUCGGCGUCUACUUGCACUACGAACGCGGAGAGCUCACGUUCUUCGAUGCUGACCGCCCCGACGACCUGCGGCUGCUCUACACGUUCCAGGCUGACUUCCAGGGCAAGCUCUACCCCAUCCUGGACACGUGCUGGCACGAAAGGGGCAGCAACACCCUCCCAAUGGUGCUGUCCCCGCCCAGCGGGCCUGCCCACCUCAGCCCCCUGCAGCCCACCAAGCUGUAGAGCUGCUGCUGGGUCUGCUGGGUUCAGCCAGCCGUGAUGACAUUCUUUACUGUUUGGAAAAGUCUUCCUGCCUGUUGUUCCUAGAAACAUCUCAUGAUAAGAAGAAAAGGACCCCCAUUCCUUCCCUGUCAGCCAGAGGCAUAUUUAUUAACCUUUUUGCCAGAUUAUUCACCUGCUUACUAACCAACAGAACCAGGCUGUGGUGUUUGUGGGUUAAGAUCGGCUUCUCUCCAUCCCUCCGAACCAUGCCUUCUGCCCAGUACUCGUUCAACAGAAGGUGGAAACCUUCCCACAUCUCAUUUCUCUUUGUCAUCAUGAACUUAUGGAUAUCGUGACCUUAUCUUUCUCUUUGCAAAUCUUUGCAAAUACUAAGUGCUCUGCGUACAUACUUGCUUAUGCUCAGGUCUUUAAAAGCAGCUCCAGACUGUGGUCAGCCAGAAGUCCCCUCUACCCUGGGCCAGCUGGUCUGUGGUUGGUCGCAUCAGUCCCCCCGUGACUGCACAUCUCCCUCUCCCCUCUCCAUUAGUUGAGAGGGAAAUAACACUUCAGGGCAGAAGCAAGUAGGGUCCCAGGGGGGGUGUGGCCUAUCCCUGAAAGCUGCUGGGCACAUGGGAGUCGGCCCAGAGCCCCCAUGUGUUCAUGGCCGCAGCUGAUGGUGUCCACUCCAGACCAAAGCUGGGACAGCUGAGUUCUUGCCCAAGAAUCUGGAAGUUGGAAGAGUCCUCCAACUCCGCUGGGCUGAGUCAUCUGAGACCUGGUGCUUUAGAGGAGUUCCUCAGUCUUGUGCCACUGAGCUCUGUGGAGCUGCCUGGGCGACUUCCCUGGGGAACCGCUCUGUCCUAGGGCCCUGGCGCUUACUCCCCUGGGCCACACAGGCAGAGGCCUGACCUGCAGCCUGAGUGAUCCUCUGGGAACCUGGAGGAUGGGAGGCACUGACUUCAUCCCACUGGGGGCCAUCAGGAGCGGUCGCCUCCCAGGCUCUGAUAAGUGUGAAACUUCCUGUGCCGCCUCUCUCUGAGUAGAGCUGUAGAUCGAUCGUAAAACCGCGUAACUGCGUCUGGAACAGGCUUCUCAGCCGUGGGAAGUCCCCACGCCCUGUCGUAGUCCUCCUGUUGUGGGCACCAGGGACUACGUGGAGCUGGCACAUUUGGCAAAUCUGCCUAUGGAAGUAAGAAGCUGUCUGAAUUAAAAGGUGCUUGUAUCUUUA